CAGAGCCACGGAUUGAGACUGCGACCCCGCCGAUUCCCCAGUUCCUAUUUCCCAACUCCGGAGCAAUUGCUGCCGGCGUAUUUGCCCAUUUGCCUAAAAGCUUUAUUUCAGCUUCAAAAGCCAUUGAAUUUGCCAGCAGCUACGCCCUGUUUGGACCUUCCACUGACCUCUAGUUUCAGAUCAAAGACAAUGGACAAUGAACCAAUGAAAGAAAAAACGGUACUUCCACUCUACCCUUUGCAGCCGUGUAAGGAAAAAUUGAGGGAUUUUGUGAUGAUGGGAGGGAGUUGGAAGAGGGAUUUUGUGAUAGAGGCCAAGAAACAGUUGUGGAUUGCUUUCCCACUUUUUUUCGCCGCCUUGUUGCAAUUCUUGUUGCAAGUUAUGUCCCUAAUGUUUGUGGGCCGUCUUGGAAAAUCAACCCUUGCCGGCGUUUCCCUAUCCAUUUCUUUUGCGUAUGUCACCGGUUUCACCGUGUUGAUGGGAUUGGCAAGUACGUUGGAUACACUAUGUGGUCAGUCCUUCGGAGCUCAGCAGCUUCAUAUGGUUGGCGUACAUACGCAACGUGCGAUGGUUGUCCUCCUGUCAGCAUGUAUUCUCAUUGCUGCAUUAUGGGCAAACACAGAACGUAUUCUAAUUGUCAUGCAUCAAGAUCAUGAGAUGUCAAGAGUAGCAGGGGUAUAUUCGUAUUACAUGAUCCCGAGCUUAUUUGCAUACGCCAUCCUACAGUGCCUCAUGAAGUUCUUGCAAACCCAAAAUAAUGUAUAUCCGAUGAUGCUCGCCUCCGUGGUGACAACUUUGUGCCACGGUGUUGUGUGUUGGGCGUUAGUUUUAAAAUCUGUCCUGGGAUAUAGAGGAGCCGCAUUGGCAACCUCUAUUUCCUACUGGCUCAAUGUAGUGUUCUUGGCUGGCUAUAUAAAAUGCUCUUUGUCUAUCAGAGAAACUUGGACUGGGUUUUCCAAAGAAGCCAUUCAGAACAUUCCUACUUUCCUCAAAGUUGCGGUACCUUCGACAUUUAUGCUAUGCUUAAAAUGUUGGACGUUCGAGAUUGUUCUUAUACUUAGCGGCCUACUUCCUAAUCCCAAGUUAGAGACAUCAGUGAUGUCUAUUUGUCUCAAUACAUCUAGUUUGGUAUGGAUGCUUCCAUUCGGCCUUAGCGCUGCAAUCAGCACUCGAGUCUCAAAUGAACUCGGAGCAAACCAACCCAAUGCUGCAAAAUUAGCCACUCAAGUGGUCAUGUUCAUGGUCUUGGCACAAGGCAUUCUUGUUGCAACAGCCAUGAUUUCACUGCGGAGCCUCUGGGGCCAUGUCUAUACCAGAGAAAAGGAUGUCAUAAGACACGUAGCCAGCAUGAUGCCACUACUUGCAGUUGCUAGUUUCCUCGAUGGAAUUCAGAGCGUGCUCUCGGGCAUUGCUAGAGGAAGUGGAUGGCAGAAAAUCGGCUCAAUAAUCAAUCUUGGUUCAUACUAUAUACUAGGUGUUCCAUGUGCCGUUGUUCUUGGAUUCGUUUUCCACCUUAAGAGCAAGGCUAAGAAGGCUGUGAUUAGAGUUCAAAAUCAAAGGACUGUUGUGGAAGGCGCCAAUGAUGUUGUCACAGAGAAUCCAGUAUAAUUAAUAAUAUGCCAUGGGAUUGCAAAGAAGAUUGAUUGAGUCGAAUAUAGUGAGCUAGAAUGUGGGUAAAUGAGUAAUCUUUUAUACUACUUCUUUGGUCCCUAAAUAAUCGUCCUCUUUACUAUUUGAGGCUUUCGAUAACUUUUAUUUGCAUACGUGUUUUCAUUGAUAAAAUAAAACAAGCAUUUCACCACUGGGUUUGUAAGAUUUUUGAUCUAUUUUUUUUUUAAAUAUGUAAGUUAUACCAAUUUUUAAGUAAAAUCAAUUUUAAAAAGAUGA